CUGGAAAUACAAUAUUUGCAUAACCCAACCCUGGAGUCUAUGGUGGGAUGGUUUUUAAGCAACGUCACACGUGAUAUCUGAUUUGACGUCGAGUCGCAAGCGCUUGGGCCGCAUCGCCAGCUGACCUUAGCUUUAACAUAUCAUCUGUAAGCGCUUUUACCCUUGACACGGCUGACCAGCAGGACCCCUCCGUCAAAAAAUGCGGCAAAAAAGGUGUACCUGCCAGGCUUACAGAUGUAAUGGAGUCCUCAUACCUGAGCACACCGCACGCGCUCAUGAACGGCGUGACCUGCGAGAAAAAACUGCUGCAUCGCAGGCCCAAUUUAAGCGGCCCCUGUUAUCUCCCGAUGUUCAAUUUCACGACCCACAUCGUAUUUCGGAAUCCCCAGUCGAACAGGAGAUGUUAGACUAUGGUUUCCUAACCGGAGAAGAUGUGGACCUCAUGACCCAUUGUUCCAAUCUGCCCAAUCUCGGGCCCAACUUCCAUAGCCCUGAAGCGCUGCAUGACGCUGUUGAUCACUUUAGCGCAUAUAACGCAGCUAGCAGUUCAAGCUCACGUCCCCUCACCUCAUACGAAGCCCAUCACCUCCCGCAUGACCCAGAACAGCGUGCAUUAGAUCGCGAGAUCGAAAAAGCCAUCGAAGCGAUCCAAAAUGAAGACAGUCAAGUUCUACAACAACACGAGGAUGGUCUCGAUGACCUAGACAUCAAUGUCAAUGGAAUAUUCGAUGAUCAAGACGAUGAAGACAAUAACGUGAUGCCAUCCACGGAUCCAAACGAGGACGACCCUGAUCCAUUUCUGCCAGAAGAAGGUUUCAACUCAACACGCGACAGGGACCUCACAGAUACCCCCCCUCAUCUGAUCAUGAUAUAUGCGCUGAUCUCAUGGUUACAUCUCCAGUUCCACCUUCCACGAGCAGCGUGUAAUGCCUUACUGGCUAUUUUGGGGUGUAUCCUCGUGGCCCUAUCUCCAGCGAUCGACACUCCCUUCAUCACACUGCAAGAGCGUCAUCAUGUUCAUCAACACGCAAGGCAGAUUCGUUGACUUAUGUUCGACAAGUGUUCGUUCGACUCUGUCAGUACUAGUCUUGCGACUUCAGAUACGAGGCAUGCAACGGUCGCAUUGAGAUCCCGGACUUGAUCUUCAAGGGUAUUUGGAACGUGCUGAUAUGCUGGUAGCUCCCCUCAUGAGAUCCACUCGGAGCCUGUGAUUGUGACCGCGAC